AUUUGUGGCAACAAUUUGAAAACGUCAAAUUAUUGAGUUUUGAGUUGCAAGAAAGAAAUCUAUUGUGGUAAUUUGUGAGAAAAUCCCAAAUAUUUAAUAGUUCUCUUUUAGAAAUUGUGUAUUUAUUAUUGUUACUAUCUCAGUUAUUUACAUGGUUGCUUGUUAGUACACAGAAUUACAAAACAAUGGAGAACGAUAUCAACAAACCGUACAAGAUAUGUGAUAUGAAUCGAGACAAAAAGAAAGGAAUUGUGGCUUCAUCACUGGAGGAUUUACUCUCCAAAGUGCCAGAAAAGCUCGGAUUGCCUUCAGAAAACCUGACAGUGGUUUUAGAGUGCGAUGGAACGGAGGUUGACGAUGAGGAGUACUUCUCAACCUUAGACCCUGAUACUUCGUUGAUGAUACUACACGGUAAUGAGAAGUGGACUCCGAAUAUGCCUAAGUGUCAAGUGUCGCUGGACCAGACGGAUGACGUCGCGCUGGGAGAGAAGGGUCAAGUGGCCAACCUGGUGGGACGACUACAACACAACCUAUGCCACAUUUCGUUACUGGGUGGGCAGGACUUGGAGCUCUUGUCGGACAUGGACCCCGAUAGUCUCGCCGAUAUUGUAACUGACAGAGAUAACAGAAUAAUUUUGGAACACAUCAAGGAAGCCUCUGGAAGAAUAUUAUUAGAGAAGCGUCAAGCACAGGAUGCAAUGGAGCUUCUUAAGCUGUACCACCAGAGUGUAGCUAACGGGACAGAAGAUGUAUCACCACCAAAACAGGAGAGAGUUUAGAAGAUUUGCCGGACAUCCACCAACUUACUCAAGUAACCCUCGAUUUAUUUUUAAGGAAUGGUACAUCUCAAAAGUUUACAAAGAAUUUUAUCUGCUUACCCUCCUGAGUUAGUGAUGGGAAGGAUAAAAUAUUUAAUACAUAGGUUGAUAAGCCAGGUUUACUACCUGUAUAGUCUGAUACUGUGGUAUUCAACCUUGCAUCUUCCAGUAUUUUAUUCAGGGGUAAGUUUUGUACAAGAUAUUUGAACACCAAAUAAAUGGGGCCUUUUUUCUAUAGAAUUGAAGUAAUUAUUGCUUUUAUUGCAUUUUGAAUAUAAGUAGUCAGCAAUUUAUCGGCCCAUAGUAACUGCAAAGUUCAAUGUGUACUAUAGGUAGAAGAGAUAAAUGUGAUCUAGCAGUUUGUAACUAAUCAUUCAUAUUAUCAUGAGGAUUGUUUUAGUGAAUCCUUAGUUAAUCUUUAGAUAUGUUGUAAAAAAUUUAAACAAGGACAUACCAGAAGAAUGUAAGUCAUAGUUGCUAGAUGUAAGACGCUAUUCUUAUGAAUAUGAGCUGAAAUUGAAAGUUAGGUAACCAUAAUGAUAUUCUAAACAUUGUAUGUAGGACAUAUUUAGUCAUGUGUAAUUAAAGUAAUAUUGUAAUCACCAUGUCAUUUACAGUUUAUAUUAAUCAGCACAAAUAAUUAGUGAUAUUUUGUCAGUGAUUGGUAAUGGGUAAUGUUAUUUUAUCAGCUCUACUCUAAGAUGGAAUGGUAUGUGGUCAGUUGUGGGUUUUUAAUCAAUCAUGGUUGCAUUUGUGCCAAUCACUAACUUUAUUGUAUAACUCAUAAUCAUCAAACUUAUGAUAUUGAUAGUGGAUCUGACAAUAGAUAUGCUAGCAAUAGUGUUAUGGUCAUUGAUUUUCCUUUUUGUAAACUUUUGAGAGACAAUUUGCCACAAGGUUGAUAAUCAACAUCAAUUUAAAAGACUGAUAGUUGGUAAAUUUUCUUUUUUAUAUAGUUUUACCCCUAGAAUAAGAUUUAUUCAUUUAAAAUCCAAAUUUGCUCAAACAACUUACGAAUAACGAAUAGGUUUUCCUGUUUAGUUUCACUGCCGUAAGUCGGGACAUGUUAUUGUUUAGGGAAUGAACGUACUGCCAUGUGGGGUGGACAGUGUGGGAAUUGAUGGGAUGAUCUUAUAUAUACAUGUUUUAUUGCACUGCAAGCUGUUAUGAGUGACUUUUGUAUGUGCAUUCUUUUUGAUAAACAAAUUGUUUAUGUAUAUGGAUGUGGGGGUGAAUGUGAUCAAAUGAGUUGUAUAAACUUUAUUCUUUGCCAAAAUAUUAGAUAAGGAUGCUCCAUUACUUACUUAUUGUACAACAAAGAGCCAUUAUUUAUCAGUAAACAUGACAAAUACUAGAGCCUUGCCUUCCUUAUAAACAAUCUGGAGUUCUUCUAAAACUUCUUUAUUACUAACUGCAAUAUCUCUCAAAAAACAAUUUAGCUUAUAUAAUCUAUACUAAAAUUAGAGUAAGUAGGUGUGUAUACCCAUUAUAAUUGUAUACUGUAGUACCUAGUUUCAUAUAAUGUGCAAUAUGUAUGCAAUGUUAGUAUUUUCCAAGAAGCCAAGCAUUCCACUGUCAGUGAUGAGUGGUGAGUAAUGAGGUAAUUUGUGAUCUAGUAAUUUUUAAAUUGUUUGUUUGUUCAAGUGUAAAAAUUUGAUUUGAUAUUGUUAUUACAUAAUAUUCAAUGCUUGCAAUGUAGAAAUUCUCUUUAUGCCACAUUGACUAGCUUGUUUCUUUGUAUGCAAAGUAAAAGUCAAAAAGCUUAACAAUAGAACAAGUGUAUGAGGUAUUCCAAGAAGCCUGGUGUUGUGUGUAUAGGUUUCCAUUUUGAGAAGAAUGCAUAUUGUCUUAUGAAUACUAUAGGUUUAGUAUAUGGAAUCUGAGUUUGUAAAACAUAAUUCCUAAUAGUGGAAUUGGUAUGUAGCCCUUAACAUUUAUUUAUUGUGCACGAAUAAAAUAUACCUACUUAAAUAAAAA